AUGUACUAUCCAAAAGUAAGGUUUAGAAUGUUAGCCGGCUGCAAAGAAAGAAUAUAGGACCUAGCUUCCUAGCUUUGCCUUGACCAUGAAGCAAUAUAAUUGUCUUUACAACGCCACAAAGCCCUUUAGAACAAACAGCCUUACAAGAAAAGAACAUCAGCCUUCUCGAAUGGUGAAAAUGGGUACUUAUAAAAACCCCUCAUGCCUGCACAAAACACAUGUAUGUUUGUGUUCAAAUUCUCUAAGCCAUUUCAUUUAAUUUCCUGGUUCUCAUACUUUAAGAAGACACAAGUCUCUUGUUUCUGAACAUAGGGUUCAAGAAUGGCUAAUGGGUCGAGCCUUAGAUCGGUUGCAUCACUGCUGUUGCUGCUGCAUUUCUGCAUGUAUGUUGUGGUCUUGGCCAUUGGCGGCUGGGCGAUGAACAUAGCCAUCGAUCAUGGCUUCAUCAUCGGUCGAGAACUUGAACUCCCGGCGCAUUUCUCACCUAUAUACUUCCCGAUGGGAAACGCAGCCACCGGAUUCUUUGUCACGUUUUCCCUGAUCGCCGGUGUCGUUGGAGUGGCGUCUGUCCUCGCCGGAAUCAACCAUAUCCGCCAUUGGACCAUUCAGAGCAUGCCUGCUGCUGCUUCUGCUGCAGCUAUUUCCUGGAGUCUUACUGCUCUUGCCAUGGGGUUUGCUUGGAAAGAGAUUCAGCUAAACCUCAGGAAUGCCAACCUGAGAACAAUGGAAGCAUUCAUGAUCAUACUUACUGUCACUCAACUGGUAUACAUAGCCGCCAUCCAUGGCUCGAGAAAUUAAUCAUAGAUUAUAUAGAUAUAUGCGUGAAGGAGUGUGCAGUGUGAUUUAUACUCUUUCUUUUUGUUAUUAUUAUUAUUAUAUUUUCCGUUUUUCAUUCUUUUGUUGUUCACUGAAGUUAUGUAUUACUACCUUGAUUGUAUUUGUGAAAUAAAAGCAUGUUACGAGACA